CCAGAAAUUAUAUUGUGAAACUUUCUUUACGUUGCGCAUUUUGACAGAUUUCUUGUGGUUUGGACUGAAAAAAUAUAAAAUGCCUUUGCCAGCUGCUUUAGCUGCACGUCUUGCGAAAAGAGGAUUAAUUUCUGGCUCUGAAAAGCAUGAAUCUGGGAAGAAAGAAACAAAAAAGAAGGUGCACGAAGAAGUAAUAGCUGAAGAUUAUGACAAUACAAAAGAAGAAAUUAAUCAAAUUGAUAUAUCACAAAAGUUUAUGGGUUACAACGGAUGUCCUAACAAGUAUAAUAUCUAUCAUGAAUGUACAAAGAAAUGUAAGGAAUUAUGGGGAUUAGGACACGUACAACCUUCUGACAAGUAUUUAAAACGACAAAUGAAAUUGAUUCAGAAAUACCCUUUGCCAGAGACUUGGAAAGCAGUUUACGAUCCUGGAUGUGGACAACACUACUAUUGGGAUUGGUCAUCUGAUUUGGUAUCUUGGUUACCACCUGGUCAUCCUAAGUGUCAGAUAUCGCAACCAGCAUCCCAAUUACGUGAAGAGUUGCAUUUAAAGGCAGGAGAUCAAGAUGAUAAUAUGUCAAGUGAUGAAAGUGCUAGUGACCAAGAACAAAUGGAGGUAGAUGAAAGUGACAUCAGGAAAGAUAAAAAGAUUGAAAAUCGUGCAAGAUAUAAAGGACCAGACAAUAAAAGAGUUCAAAGAUCUGAUAGAAGUGAUGGUAAAGACAAGAAAGAUCGCACAUUGGAUCCUAUGGAUCCAGCAUCGUAUAGCGAUAUUCCCAGAGGAAAAUGGUCAGAUGGAUUGGCUAGACAUAACGAAGCCAAAACUGGUGCGGAUACAACCGCAUCGGGACCUCUUUAUCAAAUGAGGCCGUAUCCCAGUCCGGGUGCGGUGUUGCGCUCAAAUAGAGCUAAUAAAACAGAGUCAGAUUCGGUAAAUAAAUCGAAAGUUGCGUUUCCCGAGAAACCAGAAUAAAUACAUACUGCGUCUAUAAAUGUAAUAUGUGUAUAUGUGAUUAUGUU